AUGGCGACUUCAUCGGCGACGCAGCCCAAGUUCUCUGCCGAAUCAGACGAGUCAGCACUGACGCUGAAGCUCCAGGGCUUGCUAGCAUCAGCACAAGGCCGCUGGACUCUGACCAACAGCGGCGAGGGACUGGAGCGGAGUUUCAAGUUCAAGACGUUUGCGAAGACCUGGGAUUUCAUGACUGCGGUUUCACUCCAGUGUAAACUAAGCAAUCAUCAUCCAGAAUGGUCCAACGUCUACAACACCACUUUUAUCCGGUGGACAACUCACAACCCCAAGGGCCUAUCCACAAAGGACGUCGAGCUAGCCGCCAUCUGCGACAGUCUGGCCAGGGACUUCGGCGAGGUUGUCGAGGAGGUGAAGGAGGGUGCUGAUAGUGGUAGCUGCGAGAUGGGGAGGAGGCUUGCUGACGCGGCGACCCGUGCUGGCGGCGACUGCUGUACGCCGAAGAAGAAGCAGUAG